GCAUAAAGUAUUUGUCAAACAAUUCAAAUAUCAAAGAUGGUUAAGUUUACAAUCAAUAUCUCAUUUUGUUAAACAAUUCAGAUAUCAAAGGGAAAAUAUGAUUGACUUUUUUUGAUCUUCUUUGAGCAUCUCAUUUUGUUAAAAGUUUUUAGGUAGUAUAAUGGCUGGAAAAGUCAAUAGAGUAAAAUGUACCUCAAAUGAAAAAGAUGUACCCUUGGCUGGCUCCAAGGUGCCUCCUACAAAUAAUUCAGAAUCAGCAAUGGAUGAGUAUUUCACAAAGUUAAAUUUAUAUCGUAAACCAAUUGUCAAAGAUGGCUCAUGUUUAUUUCGUGUUGUUGCUGAACAGGUCUAUCAUACUCAAGCUAAGCAUUACCAAGUUCGUCUGGAAUGCAUCAAUUUUAUGCACCUGCAUAGAGAAUACUUUGAAUCUUUUAUUGAGGGAUCAUUUGAACAUCAUCUGUUUUUACUAAAAAGCCCUGAGGAAUGGGCUGGUCAGGUUGAAAUCUCAGCUUUAUCUCAACUUUACAAAUGUGAUUUUAUUGUAUAUCAAGGAAUUAACAGUGACCCAUGUCCCGUAACAUGUAAUGGAUACGAUAAAAAAAUCUUACUUUCAUUUUCAAAUGGCAACCAUUAUGAUGCACUCUACCCUAUACAAUUUAAAUCAAAUGCUGCCAUGGUUCAAUCGAUUCUUUAUGACUUAAUAAUCAAUACAGUUUUUCCUGAAAUUGGUCAACUUGAUGAUAUUCAUUCUGCUGCAGGUAUCUCCUCCUCAGGUAUCUCCUACUCAGGUAUCUCCUCCUCAUGGACACAAGUUAAAGCUAGUAAAGUUAAAAUGACCGAAAAUUCGGAAGAAAAAAAUUACCGCCAAAUUCAGCAUUCACUUGAUCCAAAUAUAUAUAGAAAUAUUGAAUUUGAUGUCUGGGAAGAGAGUAAGAAUAAACUUCAACAACAUGAUAGAUCACUUGCAAUGUCAUUACAUUUUAAACCUGGAGAUCUUUGUUUUGCUACUAUAAAAGAAUCAGAAGAUAUCAGUAAGACGAUUCGUGUACGGUUUCAUGAGAUUCAAUCUGAUAAAUGUAUUGUAUUAAGUGAAAACCUAAAGCACAGAUACUUUGUACGUUUAGAAGAUAUAAAGCUUAUUACAAAUGAAAACGAAGAGUAUUAUAAGAAUUUACCUGGCUAUUAUAAUAAAAAUGAAAAUGAUUCAGAUUUUCUUCAACCUAAACGUAGACCCAAAGGUCGUAGGGAGAAACAAGAAGAUAGAAAUCGACCUCCUCGAAAUGGAGAGCAAAAAAAGCGCCAUGAAAAAGACAAUUUUCGUCGUGGCAAGAAAGAUGAUGCUAAGAAAAAAGACUCAGAAGACGUAAAACUUAAACUUGACUCGCUUGAUUUAAAAGACGGAAACAAGCGUUUGAGUCCAAUACUCCCAGCUACUCCUUCUAGUGAUGUAGAGGUUAAAGUUGCACAUCCUGCAGAAUCAUCGGCUGCUUUUUGGGGAAGAAUGCGAGUAAAACCCGCCAAUCACUUAUCUCCUCACUUAUCUGACUCAAAUCAUAAACCAGUUCAUUUAGAUGACGUUAGUGUUCACCAAAAUGCUUACAAAAAUGAAAAAUCUCUUUCGCCAUCUAAAGAUAUAAUUUCGCCCGUUGACAUUAAACAUUUACAUAAAAAUAGCAGUGAAGGUUAUGGAAAUCAUAUCAGUAAUGAAAACGAUGUUAAAAUUAGAAGUGAAAUAAAAUCUCCUAUUUCCAAUGGCAACAGUACAGUUAAAAUGUCAACCAAAGUUUUAUCUCAAAGUAAGUUGCCUGCUAAAAAUUGCAAAAAUCCUCCAAUAGAAUCUUUUCAAACUCAAAAUUUAAGAUCUGCAGAUUUUUCAAAAGAAUUAUCUUUUGAAAGUUCUGAACUAAGUAAAGAAGAACUGUCUACCGUUUCCGACAAAUGUUUGCCUGGUGAAUCUCCUAAUCAAACGAACAAGUCAAACGCCCGUAAGGAUGUAAAUAAAGAAAAGUCUAACAAGGAUAUUUUAAUGUCUAAUACGACAAACUCUUUUGAUUCCUAUAACACUAUUUCAAAUACUUCGAGUCCUGAAACUAAACUGGAUUACUCAACAAAUAUAUUUACCUUUACAGAAGAAUUAAAACAUAUCAAUAAAGAAGAAACUGUUUCUGACGUUCAAGAUGAUGCCGAUAGUACAACAGACAAUAGCGAGGAAUCAGCAGGCACUGAAGAGAUUAAAGAUCGUAAAAUAAAAAAAAAGGUUAGCUUUGCAACGGAUACCGAAAUUAUCAGUUCUUCUGCUUCGCAUUCUUCAACUUUGUAUAACGAAAAUCUAAAUUGUGAACCAGGUAAAAUAAAAUUGCCACCUGAACAUAUUGAAAAACACACCAGUGAUCAACCGUUUAAUGAUCGCCAGCAAAAUGUUCUUCAAGCGUCUUAUAACGGACCUUUUGUUCAGCAAAUACCUUUAUCUGGUAUGUUACCAAUGUAUUAUCAAAGUGUUGAUCAAGUUAUUGCGCCCGUGGCAUUUUCUUAUGAUUUGGAGGGUAAAGAUCUUCCUGAAGAUAUUGCAACAGUAAGACAUUUCUUCAAUCUAGGUGUACAGUGGUACUAUAUGAUGGUUCAGCAGCAGCAAAAUGGUUUUGUCAAUCAACCUAAUUUAACCAGUCAAGCUGGUAUUCUUCCACUGCCUCUUCAAACGCAAAUACAAUUACGACAUUCUUUAAUGACUAGUGAUAUAAAUACGACAAAUCAAUUGCACGAUUCUUAUUUGAAAAAAGAGAACGAUCUUGCAAAUGGUACACAUCAACAGGCACAAAUAGGCCAUCAAGUAUUCUUUGUUCCACCCAAUACUUAUGAACAAUAUGAGUUACCUCCAAGAAUGAAGCGUGACAUUUUCCCGCGUCAACAAAAUAACCGAUAUGUUCAGCCAAGAUUUUAUAAUCAUCGAAAUGGUAUUGUUGAAAAUGUUUCAAGAACUAGAAUGGAAAUUCAAAAAGGAAUACCUCCUCAUGGAAUGAAUUUUCACUCUUAUUAAAAGAGAUUGAUUCUUAAGGAA